AUGGAGACACCGGAGGAGAUUAAGCCCAACACAAGUCAGGCGACGAAAAUUCGCGUGCGACUCGCCACUGAAGAUCUAUGGCAGAAGUUCUCGGCGCAGAACACCGAGAUGGUUGUCACGAAAAAUGGACGAAAAAUGUUUCCAAAACUCGAGUACCUGAUCGACGGAAUGGAAGAAGAAACCUUCUAUCUGCUCACUAUCAAAAUGGCACUGGUCGACAAUUUUCGGUAUAAAUUCCAAUCUGGAGAGUGGAUACGGUCUGGGAGGGCGGACACUGGAUUUGAGGAGAAAGAGGUGCUCCACAGCGAUGGUCCAAUGGUCGGCGCAUACUGGAUGCGGGCUCCAAUCAAUUUCGAGAAUGUCAAAAUUACGAAUAACCCGGCUGAUCGCAAUCCGAAACACCUCUACCUACUGUCGAUGCAUAAGUUUGUCCCUGUGCUCACAAUUUAUAAGAUGCCACCAAAAGAAGAUGGAAUCAAGUUUGGACAAGUGGAUCAACGCGACCAGUUGGCCAUCAGGCUUCCCAUUACCGAAUUCAUUGCGGUCACCGCCUACCAAAAUCAAACAAUCACCAAUUUAAAGAUCAAGCAUAACCCUUUUGCUAAAGGAUUCCGCGACGGAACUGCAGGCCCACCAAAAAGA